UGAUUCCCAUAUUGGAGGGAAUCAAUCCUUAGGUGUUCACAAACCACAACUAUACAUUCAUAUAAACAUCAACUUAUAUGCAUCAAGCAUUCCACUAGUAACCAUAACAUUAACAACAUUAGAGAAAUGCAGUCCAAAAGGCUUGGAUUCCUAGUCUUUCUUUUAUGUGCACACUUCCUAUCUAGCUUGGCUUUUGAAUCCCAAGAGGAGAAACUUCCGAUUGUUAUGAAUGGAAAUAGUUAUGGCGGAGAAGAUGGUGUGAAACACGAUGAAUUGGUUUUGUCGAAGGCAGGUAAAGGGAAGGGUGCCUACGGUGGUCAGAAUAAUCGUCCUCCAGUUACUAAGAAAAACAAAGGAGCAUCGAUGCUCUUAAACAAACUUGGAUACAUGCAAAACAUUGUUAUUAGUGUUAUAACCGCUAUUAUAAUCCUUGUUUUUAACUUCUAGAUUACGGGUGUGUACAAGAUAGGAAGAUCUAUUUGGUUUUCGUUUAGGGUGUGUUUCUUCAAUAGGUUUCGCCAGACAAAAGUAUGUUUGGUAUAUUGUGCUUGUUGUUUGUAUUUAUAUUUGGUUUUGAUUGAUUA